AUGAGUCAAGCAGUGUCAACAAUUACCUUUUCUAGCUUAUCACAGUCAGGAAUGCUGCCUCCUCCAAAUACAAUUACUAAUUCUUCUAAUUUUCAGACUUCAAAUCCUGCAUCUCCAUUGAAUUCUGUCCAUACUAUUGGCUCCCCUGCACAGCCAUCGAUUGAGCUGUCAUCUGGUGCAGCUCUAUCUCCUGUAAAAUCAUUUGAUAUUUCCUCGAGUCAAUUACAAUCUAAACUAAGAGGCGGACCGUCUGUUGAAAAUAAUGAUAUCACUAACAGUAACCUUCGCCAGCUACGUUGCAAAAUCAUUUUAACUGAUCUGGAGUUCAGUUUAAAACCUGUGACAUAUGCCGGAAUCUUCAACCAUAUGCUCAAUUGGCUGGUGAAUUGGGACCAAAGACAACAUGGAGUUGAUGAAGCUGUUAUUCUGAAGUCAUGA